AUGGCCGACCGUGAUCGCCCGCAGCCACACCAGAUCCAGGUGCACCCGCAACGCGGCGGAUUCGGGGAUGUUGGGUUCAAGGCUCCCCAAAGAGGCCCAUCGGCAAGUCAGAUCUUGGCUGUUGUCACUCUGCUUCCUGUGGGCGGCUCACUUCUGGCCCUCGCUGGACUGACUCUGGCCGGGUCUUUGAUUGGGCUUGCUCUUACCACCCCGCUUUUCAUCAUCUGCAGCCCUGUGCUUGUCCCCGCUGCUGUCUUGCUGGGCUUGGCCGUCACUGGAAUCUUGUCCUCCGGGGCGUUCGGUUUAACUGGGCUGUCUUCCUUGUCUUGGGUUCUGAGUUACUUCAGGCAGAGGGUGCCCGAGAGUAUGGACUAUGCUAAGCGGAGCCUUCAGGAUACUGCCGUGACAUUGGGCCAAAAGACUAAGGAGGUUGGAGAGAAGAUCCAGACCAAGGCUCAGGAACCUGGAAGGGAACAAACUGGAAGAGAAACUUCAAAAUGA